GCCAUCUGAUACAUAUUCGUUCUGGCAUAAGUAAGAAGCUUAUUCUUGAUGGUGUAUAAAAUAGAUGGUAUUUUAUUAAGCCCUAUCAGUUCUCGUUUGAGAUUUUUAAGAAAACAUUUAAGAAUUAUGGCUCCGAUUUUUGAAUCAAAAUUUUCAAUCAGAUCAAUUCUAUCAGAUGCAUCCAGUACUGGAAGCAAUAGUGAUGAAGAAAACAACAGUACUAGCAAUCAGUCAAGUAAACAAAAUUCCAGCAACGAAGAACUUCAAACAUCAUCAUCGAGCAGUAAUGAAGACUCCGAUCAACGUCCACCAUAUACAUACAGUGCUCUAAUUGUCAUGGCCAUCCGGAGUAGUCCCAAGAGGCUUCUUACCCUGAAUGAGAUUUGCUCCUGGAUUGCUGACAAUUUCCCGUACUAUCAGAACAAAAGGAACACUUGGCAGAAUUCUAUUCGUCAUAAUUUGAGUAUCAACCAAUGCUUUCGCAGAGUUCCAAGACCUCUUGACGAUCCAGGAAGGGGACACUAUUGGACUAUAGAUCCAUCGGCUGAGGAUGUGACCAUAGGUGAAACUACCGGACGACUUCGGAGAAAGGAUUCAAUGGCACCGAACCAGUAUUCAUCGUAUCAAUACCACCAUCAUCAUUACCAUUCAAAUCACCAACAAGCUCCAGCAUCAAACUACGCCAUCUACUUCCCAACUCCAGAACAAAUUAUUGCCAUGCAACAUCAAAAUGCAAUGCAUGAUCAACAGUUAUGGAAUAGUUAUCAUAACAUCUACCAGGGACAACAUCAACUCUUCCAAGGCGGACAUCAUCAUCAUCAGUACUUGCAAGAUAAAUCAAUGCAUUGA